AAAAUCAAUUCCCUUUUGGCAAAUAAUUGUUUCAAGUGAAGUGUCAUAUGAAUGAUAUGAUUGUAGUGUGUUUAGUGACGUCAAGUGACAAGCACCACAUGCAGAAAAUUAAUAUGGCUAUUAGCUAGGCUCGUUCUAAGCUCGAGAUAUACUACGGCUACUAAGACGCUAUACUGAGUUAAAUGUCAGAAAUGUUUAAUCGCCUACAUCGUUGAGCUUUCCAUUUAUGGUCGACUUUAGCAAGGUCAAUUUGAUCAGUUACAUCUUUUUCACAAGCUAACAGCAUUAACUGGUCUAGCUUUGUCUGACAUAAUCGUUUCUUCAGAAGCUUGAGUCGACUGAAAGUUCGCUCACUUUUGCAAACUGAUGGUGGAAUGGUCAGAAUUAGACGGUAAAUUUUUGCAACGGACUUAAAAAGUCCAAUCAAACAAGGAAUUAAUAACAGUUUCAAAUUUGGUCAAAAUUCCCAAUGAACGUAAAGUUCUCCAAUUCCCCAAUGCAUGACCAACUUUUUGGUUGGUUCACCGACAUGGGGGGGAGGGCGUGAUGCUCCCCCAUGCCACCCCCAUCGGCCCCUUUCUGAUCCAGCACACUUCUAUCUAGUAGGGAGAAAGAUUUUCUCUCAGCAAAAGCAAUAUCUAUUGUCACCUUGAACAACUUUAUCUAAAGGUGCUCCAUCGUCCAGCAGUCCGCUGAGUCUGACCCCACUUCUUUGCCAUCUCCCAAAAGUUUUGGCAUCUUCUUGAAAUAAACAAUUAAUGAGAGUCCAGAAAAGUUCUUAGCCUUCCACUGGCCAAGAAAACCUUACUUUAAAACCUUCCUCAUUUUUAGAGGGUUCAGAAAGGGUGUUUUCAGGAGAUUGGGUGUACUCAACUAGUCUUGAUAUCCUCUCCUUGGAACUCUGCUUUUCAAAAACAUUUUAAAAAGUUGUUGCUUGCUUUUUGAGAAAUGUAAAGUUGCAUGCUUUACCAAAUAACAAAAGCAUGUCAACGGCAACAGAAUACAUAGAAGAAAUAGACAAUAGAAGAUUGACCAGAUAGAUGGACAGUUCAUCCCAACAUACUUAAUUAAACGAGCAUAAUCUAACACUAAGAAAAGUGAAAUUAAACAAAGACAAUGAUUGCUGUUCAGGUGCAACUAUUAAAGGUGAACCAACGAGGUGAGGUGAACUGACACGCAAAAUCAACUUGACCUCAAAUGAAAGCAUAUCGAGCAUAAAUACCUGAGACAUUAUCACACAGUUUUUGAGUCAUUGAUGGUCAAAGUUAGCCACCGAACAAUUUCCUGAGCACGUGCGAGUUUACUUGAGCCUUCCACAUAACAGUGACGUCACAAACACCAAGUUCAAAUCACUGGAGCAACACGACAGUCUGGAAGGCGGUAAUUCUAUGAUUUUGCGGAAGAGCAUCGAUAGGCUUUGGUUUAAUUUCAACAGCCUGAUUGUAAAAUAGAUUCUAACCCCUAACAAACCUUUCAUACUAAGAUUUGCAAGAAUAUCAUAUUACCCAACGCGUUUGAGGCCCUGCCUCUGUCUCGCAGGACCCAGUGUGUGGGGACCAACAUAUCAAAUAAAGGUAGUGAUAAAUAAAUUGGCAGGAUUUUUUAUUUUUUAGAAACCUAAGUAAAAUACUUUUAUUUUGUAAAAUAUGGCUGCUGUUACACUUGAAUUUGCAUUUCUUAUUUCCCAAUGUUUUCAUUGCAUUAAGGUUGCUUCUGACUUUACCUGCUAGUGUUACAUUAGCUGAAAUAUCCUCCAAAUUGUCCCUAAAAACAUUUGUUAACGAACUAAAAGAUUACCUAAAGCUACUAGCUCUGUUUGACAAACAUAAUGGGGUUACAAUACUGUUGCUGCAUCUAUCUUACUUCAUUUAAAGGCUUUUCCUAUUAAUUUUACUAUUAUUGACAGGUUUUGAUAAUGGAGAGGCUGAAUUGCUAAUUAUUAAUUGUUUAGUUAAGUUAUUAUCUAUGGGCCCCUUAAGUCAUGAGCCCCAGAGUCAGUGACCCCCCUGACCCCCUCUCCUGAGCACUGCAUAGAUCUUCUUGAAUAGUGACUGAACAAGAUGAACUUUAGUGUGAGAUUUGCAUUCAAGGAAUAAACAUGGUGUUUGUGACGUCAAAUGCACUGGGUCACAUAAAAUGCCAACUAUGGCCAAGCACUCGAUAAUUUCAUGACCUUUAAAGCAAAAUUGUGUCAAAACAGACAAUAUGAAUUAUCCAAAAAAUUUAAAAAAAGAUUUCUUGCAUCAUUUUCUGCAUUAUAUCAAAAAACAGUAUUGUGCGUCAGUUCACCUUUGAAAUUCAAGUUGUGAAGAAAGGCAAAAAACUGUUAUGAUUGGGUUGUUCUCCUGUUGCAUUUUCCAGCCUAGGACCUCAAACUCCAAUGGGCUUGCUUCACCAAGUCUGAUAUUGAGCCAGUAAGAAAUAAAAUAUUGACUAUCAUAGGCCAAUAGGCUUAAUUUGAAAUGUCUGACUGAGAGCUAAUUGCAAAGUCAUAAUUUCCAUUAUUCAAGUGAAAAGGGUUCAUCCAAUGAUUGCUAUGUUUUUAUUACAUGUUAAAAGUCUACACAAGAGAAAACACUUUUUAUAUCUUUUUACAAUGGACAGUCAUAUGCUAUUAUGAUGAGAAAAUUAUUGUCGUGUUUCACAAAUGCUUAUUUAGUAACUCAAUAUCAUACAAGAAGUUUUUUUGGCAAAAGGCAGAAGAUCACUUUUCUAUGUUUUUGAGAAGUAUUUACAAAAUUGUGGUUUUAGCUAUUUACAAAGGUCAAGAUUAUAAAAUUUCAUCAAAGUUAGAUACAUCAACAACAAAAAGGUGGAGUCUCAGUUCAAGGUUAUUCAUUAACUGACACCAGCUCACCAAUAAAUUGGACUAAGUGGCUUUCACUCUUCGUUUUCUGAGGGUUCAGUGUCUUCUGAUAUUUCCAGGUCUUCUUUUAAUUGUUUAGCAGUUUUCUUUGAUAAUUUUUCUCCACUUUUAGCUGCCUUGCAUAGUUCUAGACACUUUGAAAAAGAGAAGUAGAUAUACUUUAUAACAACCGGUGGCUUGCAAUAUGGUAAUGUAAGCAAAUGUAAACUUAGAAUAAGAAAAAUGUCAAAUUUAUCAACAGUUUACCAACAUUAAAAUAACUGCAUGGAACCAAAAGUAAGUGGAUUGUAAAAAACGUUUGAUUUUGUUAUGUGAAAAUAUCUAGACAAUGGUUGAAUUUCAUUAGCCGUUUGCUCUGUCAAAUUGUAACCAAUCUUCUGAUAUUUCAAUGCACAUUUUAAACAAUCAUAUCGCCGGUUUGUUUUCAUCUAUGACUUUCAAUAGCUGCAAUAUUAUUUAAGAAAGCCCAAAUUAAAGGAGCUUAUUUGAAAAAAGUGGCCUAGGGUUAGGCCAUCAUAAGCAACGGUGAAGAAAUAUGAAAUGAAAACAGGAACUAUUACAUCUUCUAGCUCUUUCCUCAGCUUCAAAUUUUCCGCUUCUUUAUUUGCAAUCAUAUCCUCAAGCGAUUUGUAUCUCAUCUUUUUCCUUGCCCUACACUCUCUUGCCGAUUGCCUGCUUCUUUGCAGUCGCGCCUCGACAUCAACUUGCGUCUGCUUCUUUCCCCGUUUCCUCUUUGGUUUUGGGCUAUCAGCCAUUUUUACAUCUUUGUCAAUCAACUGAAAGGUCUUGAUCGUUAAUUACUCAAAAGUAAAACACGCUGAACAAAAUCCUUUGCAAUUUCUUCCAACUGUGCUUUCAGCUUUCUUCUUGUUUACUUCUUCAAAGCAGCCUCACAUUGGUUUGUCAUUAAGAGGCAAUGUCUAUAUCAUUGUUUACCAUGGGGUAAGGAUACACCCACCUCACACCUCAUGAAACCGCUUACUCCCACUGAUCUGAGCUUACUCCUCAGUUUGCGAGGAUGUUGAUGCCAAAAUCACAUCAUGUGACGUUAUUACGAUUGGUUUUAUCUUUGUACAUCUAUAGAGCGGGUGUCUGUAUUGUAUGAUUUCUGUUUGGAUUAACGAAGUUACUGCUGUAACCAAGCUGCCGAAAAACAAUGCAGGAAAAGUGAAAUGGUAUAUUGAUCAUAGGGUGAGGAGAACCCCAACUCCUCAGGCGAAUUUAUUAAUAAGUGUUCCAGGAAUGGGUUCCUGUGUAAGUUCUAGGAAGAGACCAGAUCACCGAAUACCACAACCGGAACGGGCACCGAAAGAAGAGGCCUAUGGCUCAGCUUCUUCUGAAAAAUUAGCAGAAAGUUCACAGGAGAAUGGCCACAAAAGAGGUGGAACUUCAAAUGACUUUAAAGAACUUCCCUCAAUUGGAGACAAUGACCGGUAUGGCUCAGUAAGUGAGAAAUCUUACCAAGAAAUUGUUGAUAGAGACAGCCACAAAAGCAGUUCCUUUAAAGAUGAUGUAAGCUCCAUAGAAAGCAAGGAAAAGGUAAAGUCAGAAGUAAAUUUAGAGAAUGAAGGAAAAAAGGCAAACACUGGAGAUGAUGAUAAAUACAAGGUUGACAAUCAGGAUUAUCAAAUUGGCUUAAAUCAUGUUGAAAAGGAUGAGCAGGAGAAAAACAUUCCAGGCAGCGAAAAGUUAGAAGAAAUUGAAUGGCAACUACCACUUGUUUGUGAAGACAGAAAUGAUAUCCUGAAUAAAAUUCUCAAUGGCUAUUUGAAUGUUGAUGUUCCAUCACAGCUUCAGCUUGUCAGAAUUUUCACCAGCUCAACAUUUACAGAUACAUUCUGGGAGAGGAAUAUGUUAAUGGAGAAAGUUUACCCAAAGCUCAGGACUUACUGUCAGUCAAAAGGCUAUGAUUUUCAAGUUGUUGAUAUGCGAUGGGGAGUUCGCGAUGCAUCAACUAAUGAUCAUAUGACUACAGAGUUGUGUAUGAAAGAGCUAGAAGCUUGCCAGAAGUUUUCAACAGGACCCAAUUUCAUUACAUUUCUUGGGCAAAAAUAUGGCUAUAGGCCAUUUCCAAGAUUGAUCAAUGAAAAAGAAUUUGAUGUAAUGCUUUCAUCGAUACAAGGAGAUGAAGACGUUGAUCUGCUUAACAAGUGGUUUGUAAGAGACGAUAGCCUGGUUCCUUCUGCGUAUAUCUUACAACCCAUUCGAGAUUUGUUGCCAAAUUAUAAUAAUUACGAUGUCAGUGAUGCAGAAAGGGCAAAGGCAUCAGAAAUCUGGUGGACAGCAUUUGAGAGAAUGCAGGUAGUGCUUCGUGAAGCCUCUGAAAACUGCUUGGUUAAUGACGAGGAAGUUUCAAAGUAUACUAUUUCAGUGACAGAAAAUGAGAUCAGGCGAGGAAUUCUUGACAUGAAGGACAGAAAAGAUCAUUGCUUCUGGUUUAAGCGAAAUAUCACAGAUCUUCGUGAUAAUGUCGAAAAAGCCAAAGCGAAGAUGUUCAUUGAUAAAAUUUCAAAUGUGGUAGACGAGAAGGCGGCAGAGUUGCUGCGGAGGUUAAGGUCAAACUUGUCAGCAGUGCUUGAGAAUGACAACAUUAAGGAAUACGAUGUUUCAUGGCACGGAGAAGACUGUAUCAAUCCAAAUGAGAAUGACGAUCAUAAUUUGUAUAUUGAAAGGCUGGGUUCUGAUUUCUUUGAUGUGUUAGCUGACAUGAUAGACAAAGGGAUCGCCAAGAGGGAAGAUGACGUGAUGGUAGAUGAUCUUCUUAAAGAGAUUGUUUUGCAUACCGAGACUUGUCAGUCGAAAACUGCCGCAUUCUAUGGCCGCAAAAAUGUACUGGACUCGAUUAUAAGUCAUUUUGAAAGUGACGACGAAAGCAGAAUUUUAGUGAUUCAUGGAAAGUCUGGAUGCGGAAAAACCUCUUUAAUGGCAAGUGCUGCAAGAAUGAUCAAGGAAAUGUACCCGGAAGUUCCCUUAGUCCUUCGAUUUCUUGGAACUACCGCAGCUUCAUCUGAUGUUAGCGAUGUUAUUCGGAGUAUCUGCACACAAAUCGGACGCAUCUUAGGAGAGUCAAUUACAGAGUUUCCAGAGUCUCUCAGGGAACUUGCAACUUAUUUCGAAGAGUUGCUGAAGAAAGUGAAAUCAAAGAUGGUGAUUAUGUUGGACUCUCUGGAUCAACUAUCGACCAUCGACAGUACAUUGAAUCUGAAAUGGAUUCCAAGACAAGUGAAGAAAAAUUUGACAAUUAUCCUAUCAACGCUGCCUGGAGCAAAGUAUGGAGUGCUCCCCAUUUUGAAGGCCCGUUUACCACAGGAAGCGUUUAUCGAUGUGCCAGGAUUGUCGGAUGACACUGCUGGACUAAUCCUGGAUGCCUGGGCUAAGAAAGCCAAACGGAGGUUUAACAGAAAACAGCGAGAAGUCGUCGUAACUUCUUUCAGUAACUGUCCGUUGCCUUUAUUUCUGAAGCUUUCGUUUGACCAGGCACUGAAGUGGAAAUCAUACACCCCGGAAUCCGAAACAAAUCUUCCCGCGACGAUCAAACAAGCAAUAGUUCAUAUAUUUGAAGGUAUCGAACGACUUCAUGGUGAAAAGCUUGUGCAACGAAGUCUUGCCUACUUGACAGCGGCAAGGAACGGGCUCAGCGAUUCUGAAAUGGAUGACAUAUUGUCGCUUGAUGACGAUGUCUUGAAUGAUGUUUACCAAUAUUGGACACCACCCAUAAGAAGGAUACCUCCGUUGUUGUGGAUUAGAAUUAAAGCCGACCUUGAAUCUUACAUCGUGGCAAGAGGUACAGACGGAAUUUCUGUUAAUGCUUGGUACCACAGGCAGUUCUUUAAAAUUGCCCGGCAAAGGUAUCUACCGGAAGAUGAAGUACAGGGAAUUCAUAGAAGAAUGGCCGAAUUUUUCCUUGGUUCUUGGUCAGAAGGUUUACCUAAGCCGUAUGUGAAUAAAAGCGGCGAUCGUUGUGAAAUGGAUCGACUUGUUCCUAUGCAGCCAAACAUGUUUGCUGAGAGAGAAGAUGGUCAGUCAGUCUUCAACUAUCGCAAAUUAAAUGAACUACCUCAUCAUUUAAUUAAGUCAGGUGAUGUAAAUUUCUUAAAAAAGCACGUGGUCACUAACUUCGAUUUCCUCCAAUCAAAACUGCGUGCUAAUGGAUGGAGAAGCGUGCUGCAAGAUCUGAAGGAAGCUGCAGUCGUAUUUGAUAACGACAAGGAGAUAGAGUUACUAAGGGACUGUUGGCAGAUGUCAGGAGAGACAUUACUGGCCGACUGCGAUCAACUAGCAGCACAGCUGAAUGGGAGAUUAGGCCAUAUGCAUCACUACGAGUGGAUUCAUGCAUUGUUAAUGCAGUCAAGGCUCGCUCAUAUACCCUGUCUGUACCCAUCUCCAUGCUGUUUCGACGGUCCCGGUGGAGCAUUUGCCUUGACUCUGGCAGGACACACUGCUAUGAUCAGCUGGGCAUCCUUCUCGACAAAUGGAAAGCAUUUAGUGACAAUAUCAGAAGAUGAGACUUUGAAAUUGUGGGACAUUACUACUGGGGAGGAAAUUAGUUCACAUGAAAUGGAUACAGAUUACGACAUUGCAAAAUUCUACAACAACAACACGUGUGUUGUUGUCACUGGCUACUAUGGGCUUUUUACAAUGGAUCUUGGCACUGAUGACGUCAUCUAUCGUGAAGAAACAUUGGAAGGCUUUCAUGGUAAAUGUAUGGAUGUUGUAGAUGGAGAAACAAAGAUCGUUCAUGCCGGCAAAGAGAAAAUAAGAGUUUAUGAAAUCGACGGGAGAGAUAUUAAAUUGGCUUGGGAAUACGAUGAUGAAGCUGAAGAAAAUCCACAGGGAAUUGAAGAUGUCAUAACUGGGGAUUGUAAUCUCUAUGGAUACACACGUGGUAAUGAAAAAGAGGUCAUUAUAAGGAGGACAGAUGACAAGGACUUUAAGAAGGUUUUGGAAGUCCCAUAUGGGCUUAUGCAUUUUAAGUUCCACGAUAAUAAGCUGAUAACCCUGGGAACAAACUCCGCUUUUCAAGAAUAUGCAGAGAUCCAUCUUGUAAUUUGGGACUGCUACACGUGGAACAUAGUUUAUGACAAAGAAAGUCGGUUCCACCCAGUGCUCACAACUAUGUAUGACAUGGCGGUAACCAAGAUAGAUGACGCACUGCAGCUGAUUUGGCCAAUUUACAAUCAAGUCAUUUUCUGGGAUUUGAAGUCUGGAGAAGAGCGUCUUGCAAUGGCAACGAGUUCGUAUACAUCGGCUUACAAGCAGUGCUUGAUGGGAGCUGGACGGCGAUUGGCUGUUGUUAUGGCAGGCGCCAAUCAAAGAGCUGUCAAUACGUACAACUAUGAUUUCAUCAGUUUUGAAGAGAAAAACGAUUUAGUUACCGGAGAAGCACAGCUGCAAAAUGGUUUAGGGAAAGGAGAAAGAGAAGCAUUUCUUAAUCAGUACAACCCAAAUAUCAUCCUGUCUAUGCCUUACAACGACCCAGUCAUCACCAUAUGGGAUACAAGGUAUGAAAACUGUAUUAAAAAAAUUCAUGUGGAAAAUGGAUAUCCCCACAUUGCAGAAUGGAUAGACGAGGAUCAUAUUGCAUUAUGGGACCUGCAGAGGUGCAAGAUUGCUUGUGUGAAUAUUACGCAGGGAACCAUUCGAUGCAUGUCCUCUGGGAAGACAUCCAUACUUUUGACGCAUUAUCAAGGGUAUCAACACCUUGGAGAUUUCAAGUUUCUGACAAUAUCAGAUGCAGGGAAUGAGCUAGAUGUUUGGGAUAUGAAGACAGGAGAUCGUGUCAAAAACUUCAAAAUAAAUGGACCUGGAACAAUCACCAGUUUUGCUGUUAGCGAGGAUUGCUCUACAGUAGUCGUCUCGUUGUCUGAUUCAACCAGCGGUGAAAGCAUGUUUUCCUGCGUUUGCUUCAAUCUGAACAGCCAAAGCGUUUGCUCUGAAAUUUCUGUCCCAGAUGAAUGGAUUCGACUUCUUCCAGAGCAGACCAUUUCGUCUGCAGAUGGAAAGAUUCUAUAUCUUACAUUUUGGCAAAGUUGCAUCUAUGUUAUCGAUACGGAGACUGGGAAAGAGGCAACGAAAAUAUGGUAUUGCGCCAAAAAAGCAGAAGAUGACGCUUCUAGGGAACAUUGGAAAGAGUAUACACAGUUCUACUGCAUAAAUUCAUCGCAUGUCUUAGAUUAUCUCGUUGCCUAUUUGACAUGUACUGUAGCAGAUAAUGAUGAAGAAGAGGUUACUAAAAGUCGAUUGGUGGUGUUCGAUUUGAAAACACAUGAAGUACUUGCUUGGCAUGACUGCCGAGUUUACGACAAAAUGCAAAUAUCAAAGGAUGGCUCAAGGAUGCUGUGUAGGGGUCAGGCGUUAAAUAAUCAGCCGAUGGCUCUUGACCUGUGGGACAUGUCAAAGGUCAGAGAUCACAAGCUAACAUUGAUUGGGAAAUUCUUGCCUGACUCGAAUCUGAGAUUUAGCCAUUUGACAUUGGACGGAAAAUCUGUUUGUUGUGGAUUCUCAGGUGUAGAUGGUCUUGUAUUUCUACGAUUAUGCGGAGAAAGCCAGUCCUUUGAGAGACCUAUAGACAGCUGUGAACUAAGGGUCAGACUCCCAGAUGAAAAUUGAUCCAAUGAUUCGUUCUUCGAUGAUAUGCUGUUUGAAUAUGUAAAUAAACCUUAAUUGUAUUGCUAGCUGGAAACAGUUAAUGUAUUCCUAAGAUUCAACAUAGAAAGGAUAAAAAUUGACUGAUGUUACAAAAUUAUUAUUAUAAAACGAGUAUGUUUUUAGCAGAUAUAAAUUAUUCACACACCUUUAUAGACACACAGAUACACUGACACGCAUACACACAUACACAUACACACAGACAUACAGACACACAGGCACGUAUACACACAGACACACAUGCACACAGACAUAGGUAUACAAACAUGCAUUAUUUAAUUACACAUAACAAACUUCUUCAUGUUGCAAAAUACCUUAGCUUUCGCGUAUAUAUCUGUGUCUAUAGAUUAAUUGGAUAUAUUUAAGUAACUAGGCCCUCAUUACAGUAACAUCCAGACUACUGAUAUUUUGGAAGCUUCUAAUGUACUUUUCAAAAUUCCGUAUAUAUGCAACUUUGAGUGGCAAAAAGAAAAUUUAAUGUUGUUUGCAAGGAUAAGUGCAACUGGGGGUGAGGCUGUGAGGCACCCUAGGCCAUACCCUGUAAACUAAGAGCAAGCAUUUUCAAAAAUCAUCAAGACCCGAGCCUUGUUUUGGAAUCUUCGUUUAUGCUAAUGAACGACAAACAUAACCUGUGUAUGAUACGGUGCCUUUGUAUGCAUACCAUUAAUUUUGCAGGGGUGAUACCCCCGCUUGCUUCACCCCUGCUCUUCGUAGAGGAAAACCUGAAGUUAGUCAGUAAAAUCGCCCAUGGCUAGUUGAAAUAGCAAAUAUAUAAUUUCUUUAUUAGCAAGUUUCAAUGUAAGUGAUCCACCUCCUAUAAUUGAAAGUUAAGC